AUGGAUCAACUUCUUGCAUAUCUUCUGAUGUCGGCUUCUUCAUGCGCUGCUACGCGAGUUGAUGACUGGGUUUCGAAUUGGGGCAAAGAUGAGUUUACUCAGAUGGCAACAGCUUCCAUCGCGGUUUCGUUUAUAGCGUUUGGGGCGUUUGCGUUCAGCGCUUUGAUUUCCUCAUACAGGCUCUUCACUCAUGCUUCCUCUUAA